AUCCAUAUGAGAAAUGACCUGGUAAUGGCAUGGUCUUUCCGCACCGGGUGCAUCCAAGUGGCUCGGAUGUUUUAUUAACUUUGAAAUCUUCGAACAACAAGACUUGAAAAAGAAGAGUUCUUCUAAUUCCAGGGAUCGAAUCAUGUCAUUAAUCGGAGAGGCUGCUUUAUCCUCCUUGUUUGGGGUGCUGUUUGACAAGUUAACCUCCUCUGAUUUGUUGAAGUUCUUUCAGCAAGAACAAGUUCAUGCUGACCUCAACAAGUGGAAGAAAAUGUUAAUGAAAAUCCAUGCAGUUUUGGAUGAUGCAGAAGAGAAGCAGGUGACAAGUAAGUUCGUGAAGAUUUGGCUGGAUGAGCUGGAAGACUUGGCUUAUGAUGUGGACGACAUCUUGGACGAGUUUGCUACUGAAGCUUUGCGACGUGAGUUGAACCCUGAACCCAGCAAAAGUAAGGUACAGAAGAUCAUCAAUGCUUGUGUUGGUUCGAAUGGAAGUUUUGUUCGGUCGAUGCAGUCUAAGAUUGCAGAGAUUGACUCAAGACUGCAAGGAAUUAUGAAAGAUAAGAAUGAUUUGGAAUUGAGAGAAACCAACGGGGGAAGGACUAAAACAACAAGAUCAAGGGUGCCUACAACUUCUCUGGUGAAUGAACAUACUUACGGGAGGGAUGAGGAUAAAAAGGCUAUCAUCAAGUUGUUGCUGAGUAGUGAAUUUAGUGAUGCUCAACUCUCUGUGAUUGCCAUAGUUGGUAUGGGAGGAUUGGGUAAGACAACUCUUGCCCAACUGGUCUACAAUGAUGAUGAUGUGAGCCGUUAUUUUGACUUGAAAGCAUGGGCUUUUGUUUCUGAAGAUUUUGACAUUGUAAGGGUAACAAAAGCCAUUCUACAAUCUGUCACUUCUAACCACUACGAAACUAAUGAUUUAAACAUAAUUCAAGUCAAAUUGAAGGAGAAAUUAUAUGACAAGAAGUUUUUGCUCAUUCUGGAUGAUGUUUGGAAUGAAGACUAUGAUGAUUGGACUAAACUACGUUGUCCGUUUGAAUUUGGGGCUCUAGGAAGUAAGAUCAUUGUCACCACUCGGAAUUACAGUGUUUCAUCAACAAUGGGAACUACUCCGGCUUACGAGUUGGAAGGGUUAUCAAAAGAUGCUUGUUGGCAUCUAUUUAAACAACAUGCAUUGGGGGCAACAGAUUUUACAGCGCAUCCAGAACUUGAAGAAAUUGGUAGAGAAAUUUUAAACAGAUGCAAGGGGUCACCUUUGGCAGCAAAAGUACUGGGAGGCGCUUUACGCACUAAACGAAGUCCUAUUGAAUGGAAAAAUGUAUUAAAUAGUAAGAUUUGGGAUAUUCCAAAAGAAAAAAAAGGGUAUUAUUCCGGUUCUUGA